UGCGUUGUGCAUAUUACUUUAUUGCAAGGGAAUGUUUUGGUUAAGACGCGAGUUUUCAUUUGUAUACCAUCUCCGCAAAUGAGCACAAUGCGAGUGUCCGAGUCCUGGAAACACAAGAAUACCCGCCAUCAUGGCUGCUAUUUUACCAAAAUACGUUCGCAUACCAAUGGCCGAAUAAGGGUUUGGGUGUCAAAACCAACCUUCACUUCAAUCGUGCAUGCUAAUUAAUCCAAUGCAUUAUAAUACUAUAGCUACAGGCAUUCGUUUUCUUAUUCGUUUGAUUUGCAGAUACAAAUAUGGCUGUCACCAGUGUCUUGCUGCCAUAGAAAAUCAGUGACAUUAAAUAGUUAAUAGAAUUUUUUAUUCUCCGCUGUAUUGCAAAAUAUGUAUAGCUAGUAAAACACGGGCGGACCGUUUAUUUAUAUAUCGCCUAAACACGCCUUGUGGGUAUAUGAUACACAGAGAUGAAACUGCUGUGGUAUCGUCGGUCUAUCUUCGUUCAACUGUUGGCUUUAGGUAACAUAAAUACAAUAAAACCAGUACAUAGCUAUAGGUUCAUGUGCAGACGUAAACGAAGAACACAGAAACAGGUUUAAAAAAUUUUUUUAAAAAAAACUGGAAUUAACGUUUUAUAAUAGAAGCAGAGUGAAAUAUUUUAAAUAUAUAAAAGUAAGUUUAAACUUCAUAGGCCCUGACUGGAAGUCAAAUAAGCAAUGGGAUUUUUACUUAGGUAAUACGUUGUGUACAUAUUUCCUUUCUUGUAAGGGAGUGACAUACCUUCACAAAAGUUCGACUUUUCAGAAAGUACUAGGCUAACUACCGAUAAUGAUGCUACCUCUGCCACCUCUCUUAUUAGUGUACUUCAAAAUAAUUUACCCAUUGUCAAGUAUUAUAGGUAGCAGUGGGCUACUUUUUGAGAAUGUCUAGUAAUUCUGAAUUGUUCACCAUACAGGACUAUUUUUAUGUCGACAAGAACAACAAACUACCCAUAGAAAAAAAAUGUUACUUUCAAAUUAAUACUGUCCUUAAAUAUUGUGUAUAAAGCAGCAAUUUACUGUUUGUUGAAAACAUUGUUUAUAACUAAACUCAACUGUUUUAGAUGGCAAAGUAAAAUUUGUGUGCAGUCUACUUUUUGUUAAUUGACUGUGUCACCUUUUGUUACAAUCAACUAGGCAAAUAUAUCCAAGCUGUUCUAAUGCUCUUAGUUUAUUAGGUACACAAACAAUGGUGGUUUGAGCUCUUAUUUGAUGAAGACUGUGUAGGUGGAAAAGUUUUUUGUUUGUUUAUAAAACACUGGAAGCACUGAAACGGCAUGAGAGAACAUUUGGGAGAAGUUCUUACUCAGUUAGCUGAGCCAUGAGCAGUGACAGUCACUCCUCCCCUACCAUGGUGCCCUACGCCUCGCUACUGGACUCCAUGCCAAUAGAGGGCACUGCGCUCAUGGCUGGCGAGGAAGAGGGCCAGGCCGGGCUCGUCAGCAAGCCCUACAAGUGUUCGGAGUGCGGGCGCUCCUUCGUCCAGCUGCCGGAGCUGGAGCUGCACGAGAUGUCCCACGCCGCGGAGCGCCCGUACCCCUGCGACCUGUGCGGCAAGACCUUCGCCCAGACCUCCGCCCUCACCAAGCACCAGCGCGUGCACACGGGCGAGAAGCCGUACAAGUGCCCCUCGUGCGAGAAGAGCUUCGCCCUCUCCUCCGGCCUGGUGCUGCACAAGCGCAUCCACACGGGCGAGCGCCCGCACAACUGCCCGCUCUGCACCAAGACCUUCAUCUCCUCCUCGCACCUGGCCCUGCACCUGCGCUCGCACACGGGCGAGCGCAAGUACAAGUGCAACGUCUGCGGCAAGCUCUUCCUGCAGUCCUCCCACCUGGUGCGCCACAAGGCCAUCCACACGGGCGAGAAGCCCUUCAAGUGCCCCGAGUGCGGCAAGGGCUUCGGCCGCGCCUCGCACCUCAAGACCCACCGCCGGCUCCACACGGGCGAGAAGCCCUUCAAGUGCACCCAGUGCGACAAGGCCUUCACCCAGAAGGCGGGCCUCAUCAUGCACCACCGCCUGCACACGGGCGAGCGCCCCUUCAAGUGCGACAAGUGCGGCAAGGCCUUCCGCUCCUCCGCCCACCUGCUGUCGCACCAGGCGAUGGAGUCCGGCGAGCGCCGCUUCCGCUGCGACCGCUGCGGCAAGACCUUCAAGUCGCCGUCGGCGCUCCGGCAGCACGAGAAGUCGCACGGGGGCGGCGAGCCGUUCCGCUGCGGCGUGUGCUGCCGCUCCUUCGCCCGCUCGUCCUACCUGCAGCUGCACAUGCGCUUGCACGACGGCGAGCGCCCCUACCACUGCAUGGUCUGCAACAGGACGUACGCCAAGAUGGCCUCCUUCGAGAAGCACUGCCGGAAGCACCAGAGGCAGGACAGCGAGCGGGAGGCCGAGCCCAAAGAAGAGGAAGAGGAAGAGGAGGAGGAAGAAGAGAAGGAGGAUGAGGAGGACCUGAAGCCGCCUCCGCUUCCCCUCUCUUCCUCCUCAUCCUGCCCUCCCUCGACAUCAUCCCAGCUCCCUCAGUGUGAGGUGAAUACUCGGUCCAAAGCCAGGGCCAAAGCCAAUAGCAACAAAAGGGACUAAAUACAUGCUCGCUGAAAACUCACACUAACCUGUCUUUCACCUUACAGAUGCCUACUCUUAGCCAGUAAAAAGUAGUGCAAUGCAUUAUGGGCAAUAUAUAGUUUAGUGGUGCCAACGGGAAUGUGCAAGUGGUAUAAUAUUUGAGGUAAUUGGAAGAUACCCAUUAUUAAUGAAGUACUGUGAGAUGAGACCAUUGUAUAAGCAGUGAAUAUAUUAAGUGUAAAGGAUGUUUAGAAGUUUGAAAAGUACUAUUUUGACAAGCUGGAUGGUGCUGGUUUUUUGUGCAUUUCAGGUGCAAUCGUGUUCCUUUCAGACAUUUUCUUUAUUACAAUGUAGCAGCUGUGGCAGAUUAGAUGUCCUUGAGUCAUGCCUUGUUCACAUGCCUCUUCCUAAGCUUGGCAGUGGCUGUCAUGUUCUGAGAGAGUGGAUCAGUGGAACAAGGAUCCCAGUGGAACAGGGAUUGGCCGCAGUGUUUUGGUUUUUGUGAUUUCCUUUCAGUCAGCAGUCAGUUUAGUUGGAAACAUGCGGCAAAUGAAGUUACGCACUGAAAACCAGGGGGCACUGUGGCCCUCCAGGGCUUGGGCUGAGAUCCCUGGUUUGGAACACUGGGCUGUGGCAAUGUGUGUGUAAAAUAAGCCUGUUUAUAGGACUCAUGUGCAUACAGUUGUUUAAUCUAUCAGAGGAUCUGCUUUCAUUGUGACAUAAAUCCACUGAGUUGAAGACAGGCUCUCUUAAAUCUUACGUAUGAACAAGGGUAUGAACCAGAUCCGGGUCACGCUCCUAGUGGUGAUUUAUGUGGCUGUUUUGACUUGGCAUGAAUUGGCCUCACAUGGCCAUUGACAGGAUUUCAUUCUAAAGAGGCGAAAAGGACUGCUUCUGUAAAUCCACUGAUUCAGCAGCCCCUUGAAGGCAGAUGACUUGCUUUGUUGAAAAAUGGGUCCACUGAACAGCUUCCCCCAAAAAGAAGGGUUCAGAAGGCAAACAUUAUGCUUUCUCGUGCUCAUUCUUGGAAAGCGAGGUCGAGUUACAAACCAUUCUGCCAUUACAAAAUGUAGACAACCGAAGUUAAUCCAGCAGAUUAGCGCACCAACUAUAGUUCAAUCAGCGCAAUUACAAAUACUUUGUAUGAAUCUACUGAAUACUGUAAAAUAAUUUACAGUAUGCAACCAAGAAUUUGUGCAUAUUUCCUGAUAUAUCACUUUUCCCAGAAUGGUGCUCAAUAGGCUCAUCCUGCCUGGCCCGGUAUGCAAUAUAGGAUUUUGUUUGUAAAUGGACCUUAUUUGGGCUGACAAUCAAAUGUCUCUGAUUUGCUGGUGUUUCCCAUUAGCCUCUGGUUGCUCAUUCUGAGUACAAAUAAUGGAGUGGUUUCUUGGGAAUAUCGGUGAAAGACCUGUAAAACCUAUACCAUAUUUGACUGUGAAAGCUUCUGGGAAUGUAUAUAUAUAUAUACAUAUAUAUAUAUAUAUAUAUAUAUAUAUAUGAAAGGUCCUUUUCUACAGAGCCCAUUUCUGGAAACAUGACACAUCUGCUUGUGUAUAUCAGAAACUCUUAUGAAAAUAAAUGACGAAUAUAUAUGGUACAAAGUAUAUUUUUAGCAAUAAUGAUAUAUUCCUUCAAAAUCUCAACCAGAAGUCUCAUCCAGAUGUCUUAAAAGGCUCUAAUAAAUUGAAAAAGAAGCCCUGAAUGGAUUAAUGAAGCAUAGAACUAGGUUAUGCAUGUACUGUAUGUAUGUAUGUACUGUAUGUAGUGGAAAAUUAGCACCUUGAUCUGAAGAAAAGGCACUUACUGUACAAUAUGUAGAGAAAUAAGCUUGAAGCGGAAUAUUCUGUUUGAUAAACAGAAAGAUAAAAUUGAAAUUGUAUUGUAACUGAUGCUUUUGUGUAUUGUCACCUGUAGUUAUUAGUACAGUUCACUUUAUUAUUUUAUAUGUAUAAAUGUGUAUCAUACAUUGCAUCUCAAAUAGCAACCUGACAGAGCAGCAUUGUAUUUAUUAUCAGCUGUUGAAUAUUAUCAUUGCCCUUAGAUGUUAGUUGCCAUUGGCUGUUAAUGGCCAACACCAGUAAUAAGCUGUUUUAACUGCUCUUUUAAAGUCAGUUAGUGUGAUAUAUGGAAUUAUGUAUGUUUCUAUCUCCCUAUUAUUGGCAGGUUACUAUUUGUUGCGGAAGUUACUACAGAAGCUCUAUUUUAGAUUUGCACAGAAGAAAGGUGAUAAUUUGCUUUGCACUUACCCCAUGUUGCCUGAUAAUGAGUGGGUUGCUGCUGUGCUUACCAUUAAAUGAAAUAUUAAAUGUUAUUUAUGUAGAGCAUUGUCAUCAAACUCAAAGAGCUUGACAUUACUGCACUAGAAAUAAAAACUUGUCAUGAAACAGGGAAGGAAAGUCUUAUUAAAUGCUGCGGUGUUUGUAUGGUAAAUGUGCUAGGUUUGUGAACACCCUAUACUGCUCUAAGCAGCACAAAAGCUGACAGUUACAUUGUCCUACACCUAGUGUAGCAUGUAAACCAGCUUCCCAUGGUGUGUAAAUCUGCCAGCCAUCAACAGCGUUGUCUGUUAUGAGACCAAAUGCAAUUGCCAUAAUGGGAGACUGUACUGACUCUCACUAACAGUAGAUGGCAAUGUGGUGGCCUGAAACAAGUUUACUAAUGGGCCCUGUAGUAAUGUUGUUAGAAUACACUGAGUAAAAGCUUUUUUUCUGUCCCUUGGCUCUUUCUAAGAAUGGGCUAUGUAAAACAUGCUAUCUUAAAAAACAAAGUAAUAGUGUUUAGUUUGGAAAUUAAUAUAGGCUGAUUAGGCUCUUAAAAUGUGAAUUGACCCCAGAUUUGACCCCAGUCACGUUUCAGAUGUUAUAGUGUACUGCACUGGUGUCCUGUAAGAACUACUUAGCUUACCAAGCUAGUUUCCUAGUUGGCAGCAUGCAAUGAUAUCCACUUUGCUGGAGGCAUAUUCAGAUGAUAAAUGCUACAUAGAUAUUCGGUAGAUAUAUUGCAAGUUUUAAUUAAUUAAUUAAAAUUAAUUAAAUUAAAAUUAAUUAAAAUAAUUAAUUAAAGCUAUUGCUUUUGCAGCAGCAGCUAGUGGUAUUAGCUAUUGGUAUUAAUGGUAUAGUUUAAUAUCUGGAGUUUUUGAUAUUAUUAAAAUUUUAGUGUAUGUUUUCAAUAGGUUUCUGAUGCCCUACUGAUGUUACAAUGAUUAGUAAACGGGCUGUUAAUGUUUUGUUGUCAAGAUAAUACACUUUGAAUAACUCCAAAGUGCUAUAAAAUUAAUCUUUUCAUAUGUAAAGCCUUUGGAAAAUAGCAUUCUUAUAUAAGCUGGUUUGGAGCUAUAAGAAGUGUAUUAUUUUGCUUUAGACGACAAUCCCCAGAUGACCCUUGAACUGCCACUGUAAAGCCAGUCAUUAGAAACUCCCAUUUUUUUACUAUCCCAAACUGUUCAAGUACUAAAGAUUGUACUAAAUAGUCUAGGAUAGUUCACUUUCUGUGCGAUUUUGAUAUUAUUUCAGUUUUAGCUAGCUCCAUUUUCUGUUGUUUUUUUUUGUCUUCAAUGCUCACAUCUGCUGUUGGUUUGCUCCUUGUGUUCUGAAGCAUACUUUUAUCAGAGUGAUUGUGUUUAUGGGAAUGAACAUGCUUUUCUUUCUUUUUUUUAAAGAACUUUCCAUGCUGUUGAUUUUUGAUGAGAACUGUUUUAUCUGUAUGUUGAAAAUAAUAUUUGUUCUAUAAUGGUGCUCUCUGAAAUAACAUAGAAAAAUAGUUUUCAUAUGCUUAUUUGCCAAAAUAUCUUACUUCAGAGGUAGCUGAAGUAAAAUAACGUCAAAUUAGUUAACUAGCAAUCAAUAGCCAGCUAACUAUAUUUUACACUGAAUAGUCCUCCUAGCUAGGUGAUGCCGGCAUCCUAUGAAAAACAAUGAUUUUAAAGGAAUGAUAGAUCCGCUUUAGGCAUUUUGGGAUACAGCGAUAUUGUGGUGGUCUCCUGUAUGUUGUCCUGUAUGUCCUGUAUGAAUGACAUUCAACAUAUUUUCUAAAUUUAAUUAUGUAUCAAAAAGGAAAAUGCACAAAUUAUAGGCUAAUUGUAGCAAUUAUUACAUAUUUCAGUAAACAAUCUGUAAUUGACUUUUUGGUGUUAAUCUGAACACAAAAUACAGUGCAUUGUCUGUUUUCAGAAACAUAUAUUGUUCCUGCUCGUACACUUGCGGCCAUUGGAGAUAAAUAUAGGUCCAGCUAAAACACUUUGUUGCCCACGACUGGAAGAGAAUUUGAAAGAAUUCUAUCUCUGUAUGAUAUACACAUAAUUAUCAUCUUAUUGUUACCUUUGCUUUUUUCUUUUCUUUUUUCUUCACAUCCAUUAUGGCUUGUCCAGUUGAUUUAUUUCUCCAUGUGUUCUGAAGCAUAGUUGUAUCGAAAUGAUUGCAUUUAUAGGAAUGUACGUUUUCUUUUCUAAAAGAGCUUGUCAUGCUGUUAAUUUAGUGAAAUGUUUUUUUACCUGGAUGUUGAAAAAAUAUUUGCUGUAUAAUGGUGCUCUCAAAAAUAACAUAAAGAGUUUUCAGCUCCUUCUGUGCCAAACUGUCUUAUUUUAGUUGCCUAUUACGGAGUGGUUUUUUUACAGAAGGAAAGUGAAUGGAUGGACUGUGCUUGAGCGUUCAGUGAAAGAGCUGUGGGUCUGUAAAGAUCUAGUUUGUCAUUAAAUCCUGUU